AGCUUCUCCAAUGCCCUGACCAAGAACACGGUGGCCGUGCUGGUGUGGCUGGCCCUGAGUGUCCUCAACAGCAGCAUGGUGCACACCUUCCUCAGACACAGCCUCUUCUACGAGAACCCCCGAUACAUCAUGUUCAUCUGCAUGGUGAUCAACGAUGCCCUGCAGCUGACCCUUGUGACAGCUCUCUACGUGGUCAGCUACAUCUUCAGGAAGAUCCACGCCUCCGUCUGCUGCCUUCUGAUCAUGACAGCGGUCCUCACCACCCGCUCCACCCCUCUCCUCCUGGCCGGCAUGGCCGUGGAGCGCUACAUCUCCAUCUGCUUCCCCUUGCACUACAGCCAGAUGUGCACCGUCCCCCGCACCAUCCUCCUGAUCUGCGUCAUCCUCAUCCUCACCGCCGCCCCGCCCGUCACCGACCUCCUCAUCACCGUCGUCAGGGAGCCCCCGAGUUUCUUCCACACCACCAUUUUCUGCGACCACUCGCUUCUCUUUCGCGACCGGUCCAUCUACUACAAGAACUGCGUGUUCGACGGGACUUACCUGUCCUUUGUGGCUCUGAUGCUGCUCUACACCUACUGCAAGAUCAUGCUGACGGCACGAGCUGCCUCAACGAGCCUGGCAUCAGUGAAGAGGGCGAGGAACACCGUGCUGCUUCAUGGGGUGCAGCUGCUGCUGUGCAUGCUUGCCUUUGUGGUUCCCUCCCUUCAGGCUGCUCUCAUCUCCCUCUUCCCCCACCGGAGUCUGGAGAUCCGUUACAUCUUCUUCCUGCUCGUCUACAUCAUCCCCCGCUUCCUGAGCCCCGUCAUCUAUGGUUUUCGCGACGAGCAGUUCAGGAAGUACUGGACCCGGUACCUGGCUUGUCGGAGCCACAGCAUCAUCAGGGUCAGGCCGGUGUUGAAGAGAGUGAACUAG